AUGUCUGUUACAGACUUUGAAAUAACAGAUGAAGAAAUAUCCUUAAAUCACCACACUGAGAAGGAGAAAACUAUAAGACAUAUUGGUUAUUUCUCUUCAUCAUACUCUGGGAAAAAAAUUCGGGUUAGAAUCUGUUUGUUUCUGGUGGAGCUGUGUGAGAGGUUCAUUUUCUUUGAAGUCGUCUGCAAUAUGAUCCCCUUUUGCACUGUCAAGCUUGGCUACCUCAAUUACCAGGCAGCCAUUUUGAACUUGUGUUUUAUUGGAACUUCAAUACUUACCCCUGUGUUUGUGGGAUGGCUUGCUGAUGUCCGUCUAAGAAGAAACAAACUGGUAUAUGUUUGCUUAUGUCUACAUUUUCUAGGCACUGUUUUAUUAUCUGUGGUUGCUUUUCCCUUGGAAGAUUUCUAUAUAGGCACACACCAUAUGAUUAACAAUAUACCAACAAAGGAGCAGAACAGGCUGUUUUACAUGGCACUAUUGUUCAUCUGCCUUGGCACAGGAGGAAUGCGAGCCAUCAUUUGUCCACCGGAUGCUUAUAGCCUUCAGGAGUAUGGAUCCCAGAAACAAAUGUCUUUUUUUAACUGGUUUUGUUGGAUCAUGAACCUGAAAGCAACCAUUGUCUUUCUGGGAAUAUCUUACAUUCAGCACUCAGGGGCCUGGACCCUGGUUUUACUCAUUCCUUCUAUGUCUACACUUAUGGCUAUGAUAACUCUUCAUAUGAUGCACUGUAACCUGAUUCAUCAGCCAGAAAAAUGCUACUCCCUCCUGACAACCUUUGGGGUGUUUGUUAAUGCACUGAAAACAUGCUGUCUGCAAUAUUGCCGUCUUGCCAAAGAUGUGACCAGCUGGUUAGACCACGCCAAGAAAAAAAAUGGUGGUUGCUACAGUGAGCUUCACGUGGAAGAUACAAAAUUUUUCUUCACCUGUCUCCCUCUCCUCAUUUUUCAGCUCCUUUACAGAAUAUGCAUCAUGCAGAUUCCUUCAGGAUAUUAUGUGCAGACCAUGAAUUCUAACCUGAAUUUGGAUGGAUUUCUCCUGCCAAUUGCAGCAAUGAAUGUCGUCAGCAUUCUCCCACUACUAAUUCUGGCUCCUUUUAUGGAGUAUUUCAGUACCUACCUCUUUCCGUCUAAGAGAGAUGGAUCAUUUCUGUUGGCAUGCAUUAUCACUGGAAAUCUUUCUGCUGCAUUGUCUGUGAUGGUAGCUGGCUUCUUUGAAAUACACAGAAAACACUUCCCUCCCAUGGAGCAGCCUCUUUCAGGCAAAGUUCUCACCGUUUCUUCCAUGCCCUGUUUCCACCUGGUUCUUCAGUACAUUUUACUUGGAGUGGCUGAAACACUGGUCAACCCAGCCUUCUCUGUAAUACACAGAUUUGUUCCAAGUACCAUCAGAGGAACCUGUAUGAAUCUUUUGACACUGUUCAAUGGAUUUGGUUGUUUCAUGGGGGCACUGCUGGUGGAGUUGGUAUAUCUCAUCUCAGAAGGCAAUUGGUUUCCAAACACAUUAAACAAAGGCAAUUUAGAAAGCUUCUUCUUCUUUUUGGCAUCAUUAACGUUGUUGAACGUCCUGGGAUUCUGGAGUGUUUCACAAAGGUAUUGUAAUCUAAAUCAUUUUAAUGCCCAGAACAUCAGUGGAAGUAAUCUUGAAGAAACACUUCUCCUCCAUGAAAAGUCUCAGAAAUUUUAUGGCAGUACACAAGAAUUUUCUUCAAGUAUUGGUCUUUGGGAGACAGCCCUAUGAAACUACAUUUGACUCUACCCAUCCUAUGAGCAAAAUAUUCACGUUUUCUUCACCUGAACACCUUAUGCAUUUUAGUUUAAGAAUUAAUAUGCAUGGCAGUGACUUUAGGAAUAUUAUGGGUGUACUUUAUUUAUAAAGACUAAUCAUGACUCUUCUGGUGAACUAUUAUGCUUUUGCAUUAACACAUUAUACAUUACAAUUGAUAAAGUAAUUUCAAAGUCUGUGUUGCCUCCAUGACAACAAAAUGAUUAGGUCCUAAACAUUACUAUAUUUUACAACUUUUUACAAUGGUGGUUCAGCCAUUAAAAGCAAUAUAAAUGCUAUUUUUAGUUUUAAUGUGCCAAUAGAAUCAAAAUAAUAGUAUGUUAACAUUCCUCCUUUCUAUACAUUUAUUGAGCACUUAUUACAAUGCCAGACCUUGUGAUCAUAUGCUGUCUAUAUCUGACUAAAUAAUAAAUCUAUACAUGAUUUUACUAUAUUUGAUGUUCAUAUUAUCCUAUCAAGAUAUGAAGGAAAUUUUCUCGAAAUUAAAAAGCAAUGUUAACUAAAACUGAGGCCCUUAACAAAGAAAGAAUAUUCAAUCCUGAAGACAUUAUAAAAUAAAGGUAAGUGAUGGAAUUAUUCUGAUUAAAGGAAAAAAGAAAAUUGAGGAAGAUUAAAUGAGUGUUGAGAGAGUAAUUGAUGAAUCAAAUAGAGAAGCUUAAAGAGGAUCCCUAAUUCAAAUGACACAUUUUGGUCUUCAAUGCUACCAAUUCAGAUAUAUUCAGAAGAUCGUCUUCCAAAAGACAUAAAUAACAUUUAUCCUUUGAAUAAACAAAGAAAUGUGGAAACUCAUAAAAAAUAAUAAACCAAUAUCAAACAAAACUAAUGCCCCCUACCUUUGUAACAAUGCUUGUCAAAGUUUGUUUGAGGAUCACCUGCUUUAGGAGAAUCUUUCUGGCUCCUGCCAAAGACUGCCUUAACCCAAAUCUUUUUCCAGGAAUCAGUGGGUUUAACAAACACACCCCGAUCAUUCUCAUUCUCCCUGAAGUAUAAGUGCCACUGCUUUCUAGGACAGUUCACAGCAGAUAGGAUAGCUGGGUUUAUCAGCUGAUUGCAAACGACUCUGCAAUUAAGCACCUUCCCUUGUGUAUACCUAAAAUAUUUGAGAUCUGUAGAAUAAAAGAUUUAUUCAUCUUGAUUAGAUAUGAUAUGCAUUUUUAAUUGCAAAAAAACAGCUGUAAAGCACCAGGUGUUUCUCAUACUCAAUUUUUUGUUUGCUUGUUUGUUUGGA